AUGGUGGUAGUCACUCUUCACCAGCGAUCGGUCGUCAUGUCAGAAUCAGCAGACCAGCAGAACGCUCCAGUGCAAGUACAGCAGGAUACUCGGUGUCCUUCGUCGGAUACAAGAAGCAAGGAAACCAAAACGUGUUCGUCUUGUGAACAGCCAAUCAGUAGGGCCAACCCUGGAUUAAUUGCACUUAACAAGAAUUUCCACCGUACCUGUUUCAAAUGCAAGGGCUGCGACAAAGCCAUCGAUUCGACAUUCUUCGUAGUUGAUACACAACCGACGUGUCAGGACUGCUACCAG